CAGAUUUUGAGUACUAAGGUCGGUGGUGCUAGCUAGCAAAAUAUUUUCAACGGUUUAUUUGAAUCAAAAGAAAGAUAAAGGAUGUCAUCGAUCGAAGCUGGACAUGGCAAAUCUGCUGGUAUCGUCGGCAUUAUCAUCUUGCUUUUUGCUUUGGCUGAUAUGAUUGCUGGUAUUAUCUGGGUAACGUACGGUGGCAAGGAUGCGAGCGGUAUUUGGGUUGGUCUUCUGCUUUUGAUCACCGGUAUUCUUGGGAUCGUUUCUUGGGUCAAACUCAAUAAAGCAGCCAUGGUUUUUUUCCUGGUUUUCUGUAUCAUCGACAUCAUCUGUACCAUCGUGCAAGCUGUCAUUGCUGCUCUGGGAUUCCUUAUCUGGCAGAUCCUCAAGGCCGUUAUUGCUUCGCAGUGCACCAUCAAAAAUGGCAAAUGUGACUGUGGGGACAAAGAUAUUCCAAUGGACCUCGAAGAUUGCUCAUGGAUUUCAGACAUCGAGGCUAUCUUCUUGACUCUAUUGAUUGCUAACGGGCUGUGCAUGAUCGUUGUUUUCGCUGGAUCCAUCAUUGGUUGCAUGGCAACCUGCUGUGCUAAAGGCCCACAACAAACAGGAGUUGUAGUGGUUCAACAUCCAGGAGUCGUAGUUACCACCACCCAUGGACAGGCUCCUCCAGGAUACGGCGAACAGCCUGGGCAAUACCCCAUGACAGAUGUGCCUCCCAAACACUGAUGUCAUCAACCUUAGUUAUGCAUGAUAAUACUUUUUGGUUAUUAAAAUCGCACUAGAGUGGCAGGAAAAUAGAAGACUUUCCCUUAUACUUACAUGAAUUAUACAUACAUUUAGGAUCAUAGCACUACAUACAAGUGUGGAUUGUGUUGAUUGCAAUCCCCAUACUGAUAUGAUUGAUUGGACAAGCUUGGCUCGUUAUUAUUCAACAUGCCCGUCAGACACUUCAGUACGUGUGUUUGAGCUUGCUCAUCAGUGUCCGUUGUCAUUUUUCCUUUAAUGCAAAUGCAGCGACAAACUUUGUCGCUCAAAAAUUCAUAUGCACAUUUUUUUAACGUAUUUAUUGGUUUUGCUAAAAAUAAAUACAACAACUUGCACAUGCAGUUAUACAUUAUUGAUUACGAAUAACGAAAAAAAGUCAGCCCCAUCAAACAGUCCUUCUCAGGACUACAUCCACCUGGGUGAUCAUAAUACUUCGAUCAACAUUCAUUCACCUGGGUUUAGACCGUUCUAUACCGAUGAUAGAUGAAAACAGCUUGUAUGAUACCAUGCUAUAGUUCGUUUGUGGGAUUGACAUAAUGUAGGAUUCAUUAUAUGAUAUUGACGUAUGAUGCCAAAUGGAUUUUACGUCGAAUAAAUGUUUUAGUAAUUAA